GCACUGGUGGUGAAACAAUGAAAAUGUAAAAAAGGAAAAUAAAAUAAAACAAAUAUAUAUUCAACAUUUUACGAGGGCGCCAAUCUUCAUCUCCGGGUUUAGGGUUUUACGAACCAACCAUUUUGCACAGUAUACCUACCAAGGCGCAAAAUAUCUCUCUCCAAAACCCAUGGCAUUUUGGGGAGUUGAAAUCAAACCUGGAAAGCCUUUUACUCACCAAUACGAUGCUUCCAGAGGACGCCUCCACAUUUCAAUGGCCACUUUGGGACUUGGCACUGCAAUUACGAAAAGCACACUGCAAUGUAAUGUGGGAAACAAAAGCCCUGUUUUUCUUUGCGCUCUUUAUCCUGGAAAAACCGAGUCGUUGCAGUUGAAUUUGGAGUUUGAAGAAGAUGGUAAUGUUGUUCUCUCCGUCAUUGGCCCUCGGAGUAUUCAUCUCUGCGGUUAUUAUCUUGCACGUGGAAACUAUGCCAAUACUAUGGAUGAAUCGGAAUCAUAUGGAGAAGAUAUAGCUGAUACUGAAACAGAGAGAUCCGAUCACAGUGAUGAAGACGACUACGAUGAUAGUUUUAUUGAUGAUGGUGGUGAUACAGGUUUCCCAAAAUCUCCUAUUUCCAAUGAAGAGGAAGCUUCUUCUGAUAGCGGUCGAAAAGUUAAAAAAGGAAGCCGAAGAAGGCUGAGGAAGAAGUACCAGUUGGUAGAGUCAGACGACGAUGACUGUCGUGAAGAAAAGAAAAUUGUCAACGACAACAUGCAUGUUGAAUCUCAGGAAGUUGAUGUCGAAGAUAGUCUACCAAUUUCAUCUAUUUGCAAGAAUAAAGCCUCUGGAAGGGUCUUGGAUCAAGAAAUGGAUGAUAAUGUUGAUAAAGAAACAGUUGAUGCUGGCAACAAAGAUGGUCAAGAACCUGAGGAUAAUACUAUUCAAACAACGUUGAAAACUGACAAUGUUGUUGUGGACAGUCAGACUCAUAGCAGGGAAGCUGAACCUUCAGAUCAAUUGGUAGAUCCCUGCCCUGUUCUGGAUGUUGGGGAUAUUAAAAAGUCAAAAAAGAAAAAGAAGGAAAAGGAAAAAGAAACAAAGAGUUCUGGUAAUGGCCAUUCCACCGAAUUAGGCAGUGCUGUGCAAGAUGAGGCAAAAAUAAACAUGACUCAGGAUCUUCUGGCAGGAAAUCAACAGAACCAGCAGCAAGCUGAUGAUAAGAAAGUUGAAACCACGGAUAGAAUACUACCUUCCUCACAGGUUGGUCAAGGACAGGAUGAAAAACCAAAGAGAAAAAGGAAGGAACGGUCCAAGGAUGAGACACUUCUUACUGCUGGCGGCGCUUGUAUUAGCAAUGUUAUUAACCCGCCUCAGGGAAAUGAACACAAUAGUCAGGACACGGUUAAUGGCAGGGAUGUUAAGAUUUCAGACAUUGUUGCAUUACCUUCCACUGAAAUGGAUUCUCAAAAGAAAACAAAGAAGAGAAAGAAAGAGCAUUUAAACAAAGCUUCACAGCCUGAAGGUGACAAUGGAAAUGGUGAAGCCAACAAAGAGAGAGUAGAGUCCGAUAGUCUGAUUGAUAAGUUUUCUGAAAGGAAAGAGCAACAUCCAAAGCUUACAGUUGAAAACAAUGUUGACCUCGAUGGAAAUCAUCAAUCUGAAGACAAGAAAGUUAAGAAAAAGAAGAAGAAAAGUAAAAGCCAGGGCAUUGAAGUUGUAAAUUCUGACGUGCCUGCAUCCGUUGAGCCAAGUACUGAGAUGGUGAAAGAGGAUGGAAAUCACAUGGAGGAUGCAGAACCUUCCCAAGUUAGAACAUUGUCAGAUGGACUAGUUAUUCAAGAGCUAGAGACUGGGAAAACAAAGGGGAAAAUUGCUGCAUUAGGGAAAAAGAUCAGCAUCAAUUACACUGGCAAGUUGAAGGAAAAUGGAGUGGUGGUUGAGUCAAAUGCUGGCGAAGCUCCUUUCAAAUUUCGCCUUGGUAAAGGAGAAGUGAUUAAGGGUUGGGAUAUUGGCCUUGAAGGCAUGCAAGUUGGAGAAAAGAGAAGACUUAUGAUUCCACCAUCAUUGUCGUCUAAGAAAGAUGGAGACAGUGGCAGCAUACCACCAAAUUCAUGGUUGGUUUAUGACUUCGAACUAGUUAAAGUUCACUGAUUAUUCCUUCCAACUGACCCGUUGAUGGUCAUGUUUGAGUGAAUAUGGGAAAUAUGAGUCAGGAGGCAGUUUAGCUGGGCAAUCAAAAACCGGAUUCAGCUGUAUGAUAACAGUUUUUUGUUGAAUCUCUUGUAGUUUUGCCCCGGCUAUAGGGAAGAGUUGGUUUACACUUGCAACCAAGUCCAAAGUUUUGCUUCUUUCAGUUACUAUCUACAGACCAAAAACCAUUUGAGUUGAGGGUGAAAGUAAUUAUGGUAUUUAGACAUAUACAUUUGGUUGCUUUCCUUUUUGUUCUAAAACAGAAAAAUUUAUGGACACUUUCCCUUUCCGUGUCUCAACAUAUAAGGCUGAAUUGAGUUACAUUUGAUCACAA